AUGCCCGCACUCAUUGUUGGAGGCAGCAAAUUCAUACCGAGUCAACCACUUGUCGGGGAAGAGAAACAGAUCCCAAAUAUCCAAGGGCCAGAUGUCGAGAAGUCACCAAAUCGAGCCCAAGGGCAAACCAAGAGCGUUGGCCUUGACCCCGGGACUGGGCAGGGUUACUCCGUAGGCACUUUACCGAUGCAGAGAAUUACCGACUAUCGCCAAAAGGCUGGAAAGAUGAACCAAACGGCCGGCCCAAACAUUAGUGGUAAAGUUGCAAGCAGUAUCGAAGGAGUUCAGCUUCCUGGAAUAGCACGGUCGGAGCGAGGAGACUCGCUAGAGAAUAAUAAUGAUGUCCGGAUAGGCGGUUACUGAUACUUGUUCGGUAGAGACCGCUGGAAUCGCUCUUGCCUCCUCCGCUCUCAAGGAGCGAUUCACCGAACCCCCAAAAAAACGGACAGGAGAGGAUCAAC